AUGGAGCUUACUUCAAAUUUUGACAAUGGGAGAGUGGCUCAAUUAGUUUUGCACACUAAAGAGAAUUUGGCCAACAAAGAGAGCUCUUCCAGUAGUUACGAAUCUGACUUUGAAGAAGAUAGCCAAUCUUUGGAAGAAAGCAACAAUGAUGAAAGAACAAAAUCAGUAAAAGAUUGUGCCUCUGAUAAAGAAAAGUCAGCAGAAAAAUCGAGUGAAAAGGAAGAUGUGACUUUUGGCGACGAUGACGCCUUUUUGGACAUAUCCGAAGAAAUUAUGGAGUUUGAGGAAAAAUAUAAUGUCACUGAAGACAUUACAGUAGAAGAAGAUUAUCUUGCCAACCAUCUCGAUGAAUAUGAUUUUGUUGAGGCUAUAGAGCCACUGGAGGAAGAUGAAAAGCAAGAGAAGAAACUUGGAGACACCCCCGUCAAGGACUGUAUUCCAGCUGGAAAGAACACCAAUGAAGUUAAUCCUCACGAAAAUCACGCUGCAAAAAGAGGAUACGGAAGAAAAGAAGAGCAAAAAGAAGAAGUUAGUUCAAACAAGUUUGGAAUUGAUGAAGAAGAAGAUGACAUGCUUAGCUCGUUCGUGGCAAAACAAAAGACAAAAAAGACAAAAUCAUCUUCAAAGAUCACAAAAAUCCCAUCUAAACAAAAGCAGAUGGCUAAAGAUUUGGGUUUUGACGACGAUGUUGAAAUCGACGAUCUCAUAUCAGAUAUCGAAAUGAGUGACGAGAGCCAAAGCAAAGGUGACAAAAAAACCAAAAAGGCCAUUGGGAGUUCCAGUUCAUUAGACGCAUCAAGCCCCUCAGAUUCAGGCAGCGACUCAGACACUGGCAUCAAACCACAGCAAAGUGGACUUUUGUUUAGUCCAUCUUUUACGUCACCAAAACCACUAGGAAGAAACAUGCUGUUGCCUGCACUUCGGGCAAAACCAAGAUCGUUGCCCGCUUUACGCAAUUUAAAGAAACCAAAAUUUUAAUAUACUUAACUUUCCAAUUAUUUGAUGUGUCGAAUUUUUAAUAUCUCAAUAAGUCUUUUGAAGCUGGCAUUUUUGAACAUUUGUAUAUAAAAUUGAGUUUGUGUAUCAAAGAUUUUUCAGUCAAAAAACAUGACUCAUUCUUGCUUAAGCCUUGGCUUCUUUACUUAUUGAAAACAAUUUUUCUUGUUUGGCAAAUCAAAAAAAACAUAUCUGGUCAAAGUUCGGGCCUCGAAUCUUCAACAGGGAUUGGAAGAAGGAAUAGAGGAGCAAUAAACGAAAGAGUUAACAAAAUAUUUACGUCAAUUCAGAACUAAUAAUCUCGCCUAAGUUAAG